AUGAUGAACAGUUUGAGCCUAGGAGCCGUGCUGGCCGCGGCAUCUCUCAUCACACAUUGCCUCGCUGCGCAGUCGACAUUCCUUGCGCCAACACAGUCCGUCGCCUUCGCGCUGAGCAUCCCGGACGAUCCCAGCAAUGAAGACAUCUACUUCAGCAUUGCAAUGGCCCGCGGGCUCAGCUGGGCGGCCGUCGGAAUGGGCGCACACAAGAUGCCCGGGACCCUCGUUUUCAUGAUCUACCCUUCGGCAUCCGAGAACAACAUCACCUUCUCGCCGCGGCUCGCAACCGACCACACGGAGCCAGAGUACCACCCCGCCCUGGACUACGAGACACUGGCAAACGCCACAGGCCUGGUCAACGACUCCACGUACAUAUACAGCGCCGUAUGCCACAACUGCCGCACCUGGCGUGGGGGCUCUCUCGAUGUGAACAGCACCUCGGAGCGCUUCAUCUUCGCCACGGGGCCCGGUGGGACCGCAGGCAGCGACAGCGACCAGGCCUCUGUGAAGCUGCACUACGAGCACGGUGCCUUCACCAUGGACCUGCAGCAUGCCACCGGGCCUGUCCGCCCCGCCGUGCUGAAUGCAGUCACCGCCGACGACAAUGACGGGUCCCAGCUGGUCGGUGAGCCCGUCCAGGGGAUGAACGACUGGGUGGCUGUGAUCCACGCCGUGUUCAUGAUCGGCUGUUUUGUCGGGCUGAUGCCCCUCGGCAUGUUGAUGGUGCGGCUGGGCGGCUGGGUACGAUUGCAUGGUUUCAACCAGGCCGUCGCCAUGAUCGGCGUGGUUGUUGGCCUGGGGCUGGGAAUCAAGACCGGCACGCUUUACAACAGGACCAAGAACUUCAACACAGCCCACCAGGCCAUCGGCAUCGUCGUUUUCAUCUUCAUCCUGGCCCAGUUCGCGCUGGGCGUCGUGCACCACCGCGAGUUCAAGAAGACCCAGAAGCCCACCAAGUUUGCCCCCGUCCACGUCUGGCUGGGCAGGGCAACCAUCAUUCUGGGGAUAGUCAACGGCUUCCUCGGAUUCCCACUUGCUCUUUCUCCGCGGCACAACUAUACGCUGCUUGGCCUCGUCAUCGCCAUCUCCUCGGUCAUUCUCGUUCUGCUUUCCAUGAAGCUGGUGUUCAUGAGACGGCGGCAGCGCCGUGAGGAGGAGAGACGCAUGGAAGGGCCUACGGGGUAUCAGGCCGAGCCUUGGAUGGCACCUGGCCUGCACCAGCACAACGACACGGGCUCCUUUGAGAUGGGGUCUCUGAGGAAGAGCGGCAGCACCACGGUUGUCGAGGCCAGGCCUCCGCCGGCGUAUGCAUAG